AGUCGCCAAUCGCUCCCGACUCGUUUGCUCCUCCGCUCCGAGUCGCAUUCGCCGCCAGCCCAAUGCCGCUCCCGGACGGGGCGCACAGCCCGGGGGGUGUUUACAGGGGGGCGCGCGGCGGGGGCCACACCAACCGGACCUUCGUGUUCGACGACGGCCGAUGCGCCGCCAGGCAGCCCGGCGCCGGGGACGGCGGCCGCGGGGACGGCGCGCUCCUGGACACUGUCAGCCUCAAGAUGAGCGACCUGGUCGAGGUCGUGGCCUUUCCACCGCGGUACCGCUUCCGGGACCUGCUGCUGGGCGACCAGUCCUUCCAGAACGACGACAGGGUCCAGGUGGAGUUCUACGUCAACGAGAACACCUUCAAAGAGAGGCUUAAGCUGUUCUUCAUCAAAAACCAAAGAUCCAGCCUGAGGAUCCGGCUGUUCAACUUCUCCCUGAAGCUGCUGACCUGCCUGCUCUACAUUGUCCGUGUCCUGCUGGACGACCCGGCCCUGGGGAUCGGAUGCUGGGGCUGCCCGAAGCAGAAUUACACCUUCAAUGAGUCGUCCUCCGAGAUCAAUUGGGCCCCCAUCCUGUGGGUGGAGAGGAAGACGGCUCUGUGGGCCACUCAGGUCACCGUGGCCGCCGUCAGCUUCCUGGAGACCACGCUCCUCACUUACCUCAGCUACAAAGGCAACAUCUGGGAGCAGAUCUUCCGCGUGGCCUUCAUCCUGGAGAUGAUCAACACGCUGCCCUUCAUCAUCACGAUAUUCUGGCCGCCGCUGCGGAACCUGUUCAUCCCGGUGUUUCUGAACUGCUGGCUGGCCAAGCACGCCCUGGAGAACAUGAUUAACGACUUCCACCGAGCCAUCCUGCGCACCCAGUCGGCCAUGUUCAACCAGGUCCUCAUCCUCUUCUGUACCCUGCUGUGCUUGGUCUUCACGGGGACCUGCGGCAUCCAGCACCUGGAGCGCGCGGGCGGCAACCUGUCCCUGCUGACGUCUUUCUACUUCUGCAUCGUCACCUUCUCCACCGUGGGCUACGGAGACGUGACGCCCAAGAUCUGGCCGUCCCAGCUGCUGGUGGCCAUCAUGAUCUGUGUGGCCCUCGUGGUGCUGCCGCUGCAGUUUGAGGAGCUCGUCUACCUGUGGAUGGAGCGGCAGAAGUCGGGGGGCAACUACAGCCGCCACCGGGCCCAGACGGAGAAGCACGUGAUCCUAUGUGUCAGUUCCCUCAAGAUCGACCUGCUCAUGGACUUUCUGAAUGAGUUCUACGCCCACCCCCGGCUGCAGGACUACUACGUCGUCAUCCUGUGCCCCACCGAGAUGGACAUCCAGGUUCGCAGGGUCCUGCAGAUCCCCCUGUGGUCCCAGCGGGUCAUCUACCUCCAGGGCUCCGCGCUCAAGGACCAGGACCUCAUGCGGGCCAAGAUGGACAACGGGGAGGCCUGCUUUAUCCUCAGCAGCCGGAACGAGGUGGACCGCACCGCAGCGGACCACCAGACCAUUCUGCGCGCCUGGGCUGUGAAGGACUUUGCCCCCAACUGCCCUCUCUACGUCCAGAUCCUCAAGCCCGAGAACAAGUUUCACGUCAAGUUUGCAGAGCACGUGGUGUGUGAGGAGGAAUGCAAGUACGCCAUGCUGGCCCUGAGCUGCAUCUGCCCGGCCACGCCCACCCUCAUCACGCUGCUGGUGCACACGUCCCGCGGCCAGGAAGGCCAGGACUCACCGGAGCAGUGGCAGCGCAUGUACGGACGCUGCUCGGGCAACGAGGUCUACCACAUCCGCAUGGGGGACAGCAAGUUCUUCCGCGAGUACGAGGGCAAGAGCUUCACCUACGCUGCCUUCCACGCGCACAAGAAGUACGGCGUGUGUCUCAUCGGCCUGAAGCGGGAGGAGAGUAAGAGUAUCCUGCUGAACCCGGGGCCCCGGCACAUCCUGGCCGCCUCCGACACCUGCUUCUACAUCAACAUCACCAAGGAGGAGAACUCGGCCUUCAUCUUCAAGCAGGAGGAAAAGCAGAAGAAGAAGGGCUUCGCGGGGCAGGGGCUGUACGAGGGGUCGUCCCGCCUGCCCGUGCACAGCAUCAUCGCCUCCAUGGGGACAGUGGCCAUGGACCUCCAGAACACGGAGUGCCAGCCAGCACAGAGCGGCGGAGGCAGUGGGGGCAGCAAGCUGGCACUCCCCACGGAGAACGGCUCGGGCAGCCGGCGGCCCAGCAUCGCGCCCGUGCUGGAGGUGGCUGACAGCUCGACCCUGCUGCCCUGCGACCUGCUGAGUGACCAGUCGGAGGACGAGAUGACGCCGUCGGACGAGGAGGGGCUGUCUGUGGUGGAGUACGUGAAGGGCUACCCCCCCAACUCGCCCUACAUUGGCAGCUCCCCUACCCUGUGCCACCUCCUGCCCGUGAAAGCCCCCUUCUGCUGCCUGCGGCUGGACAAGGGCUGCAAGCACAACAGCUACGAGGAUGCCAAGGCCUACGGCUUCAAGAACAGGCUGAUCAUCGUGUCGGCGGAGACGGCGGGCAACGGGCUGUACAACUUCAUCGUGCCGCUCCGCGCCUACUACCGGCCCCGCAGAGAGCUCAACCCCAUCGUGCUGCUGCUGGACAACAGGCCUGACCACCACUUCCUGGAGGCCAUCUGCUGCUUCCCCAUGGUCUACUACAUGGAGGGCUCCGUGGACAACCUGGACAGCCUGCUGCAGUGCGGCAUCAUCUACGCCGACAACCUGGUGGUGGUGGACAAGGAGAGCACCAUGAGCGCCAAGGAGGACUACAUGGCCGACGCAAAGACCAUUGUCAACGUGCAGACCAUGUUCCGGCUCUUUCCCAGCCUCAGCAUCACCACGGAGCUCACCCACCCGUCCAACAUGAGGUUCAUGCAGUUCCGCGCCAAGGACAGCUACUCUCUGGCUCUUUCCAGGCUGGAGAAGAGGGAGCGGGAGAACGGCUCCAACCUGGCCUUCAUGUUCCGCCUGCCCUUCGCCGCCGGCCGCGUCUUCAGCAUCAGCAUGUUGGACACGCUGCUGUAUCAGUCCUUCGUGAAGGACUACAUGAUCCCCAUCACCAGGCUGCUCCUGGGGUUGGACACCACGCCGGGCUCGGGCUACCUCUGUGCCAUGAAGGUCACAGAGGACGACCUGUGGAUCCGCACCUAUGGCCGCCUCUUCCAGAAGCUGUGCUCAUCCAGCGCCGAGAUCCCCAUCGGCAUCUACAGGACCGAGUGCCACGUCUUCUCCUCCUCGGAGCCUCACAACCUCAGGGCCCAGUCCCAGGUCUCGGUGAGCGUGGAGCACCACGAGGAAACCCGGGAGGCGCAGGGGCCCUGGGGCUCACGGGCAGGCACGGGUGGCGGCGGGCACACGGUGGGCGGCGGCUCGGCGGAGCGCCCGCUCCUGCGGCGCAAGAGCCUGCCGUGGGCACGGAGGCUGAGCCGCAAGGGCGCCCGGCACACGGGGAAGGCGGCGGCCGAGGAGAUCAGCCAGCAGCGGCUCCGCCUGCACCAGCGGUCCGAGCGGCAGGAGCUCUCCGAGCUGGUCAAGAACCGCAUGAAGCAUCUGGGGCUGCCCACCACUGGCUACGAGGAUGUAGCAAAUUUAACAGCCAGUGAUGUCAUGAAUCGGGUAAACCUGGGAUAUUUGCAAGACGAGAUGAACGACCAACAGAACACCCUCUCCUAUGUGCUCAUCAACCCUCCACCGGACACGCGGCUGGAGCCCAACGACAUUGUGUAUCUCAUCCGCUCAGACCCCCUGGCCCACGUGGCCAGCAGCUCCCGGAGCCGGAAGAGCAGCUGCAGCAACAAGCUGGCUUCCUGCAACCCCGAGACGCGGGACGAGACGCAGUUCUGAGUGCCGUGUGGAGCCCUCCGGGCCGACCUCGUCCUGCCAGGGUCCGUGGGCCGCGUGAUGCAUGAGCGCAGGGCCCCGACCCCCACCUGCCGCCUAGCCCAGAGCUGUUCCCGGGACUGGACCCGGUGACGGCCGAGGCUGCCCCGGGCACUACCAGACGCUGGUGGGAAGCCUUUUUAACCUGUUUUUACAAAUCUAUACAAUCCCUGGCCCUUUGCACAAACGCACCGCAACUCGUGACCGGGUCUGGCCGCAGUGCAGAGACAGGAGCCAGGCUGGACUGCAGAGGCCCGGGCCGGGGGCUCGCACCGGAGCAGGAGAGCACACUGCAGCCCCUGAACUUGCCCGUUUCCACGGCCACGGCUGGUAUUGAUUCCUGGGCCUUGCCCACAGCUCUCAGCCAAGCCACGGGGCGGUGGGCCACCCUUGUCUGCCCUGUGGGUCCCCUGUGGUCUCACUUGUGAGGGUCUGGCCCAGAGUCGGGCCGCAAGGGUCUCCGGAACGGUGAGGCAGGCAUGCGAAGGGAGCCUUUUCCAGAAGGAAAUGAAAAGCAGGAGGGUCCGCAGCGCGGCCGAGGCCCUGGCAGGGGCGGGGCAGGGGGCUCUGGAGAGGUACCAGCAGCCUGGGCUCGGUAGGAGGGAGGCGGGGCUGCUGUGAGACCCCACAGCGGCCUUGGACUUUGGGGAAGAGAAUCAGAUGACGGCCUUUUCCUCUGGUUUUACGCUGAACUUUCGCAGCCGCGCCAUCUGACCUCCUUUUAACACCAGACCUGAAGCACAAUUCAGCCGCUGGGCUACUAGUAGGCCCAGGCCUCCGCGAGGGACAUUUCUCCUUCUGAGGGAGGGACUCGGGGCACCACCGCGGUUCCUGUGUGACUCUUUCUGACAGGUUUUGCACGCUCAGUGCUGGGAACUUCUAUUAAAUGGAUGCAUCCUACAGACAAGAGGAUUGCUUGUAAGGCCUCCCCUCCAUGGCUUCAAGGUCUGGGCCUGGGUCUGCCCCAGCCGCCCAGUUUCAAGGGUUAGAGACACUUGCUCUGGUCUCCAACCCCCUGGUCCCCACAGGGAAGCCCCUACCCCAGGGAGAUGCUGCUGGCCUGACCAUUCCCGAAAAGCAGGAAGCAACUCAGGUGGUGGCGGGGACGGGGUCCAGGAGGGCUCCCUGGCGAGCUGCCUGGCCCUGGAGCCCGGCCGUGCCCAGGAGGGAUGUGUGCCCCUCGCCAGCACAAGGCAGCCGUGUUUGUCUUGGGGUGGGGCUCCCGCUCCUACAGAGAGUAUUCCCAGAGGCUGGCAGAGGAGCCAACGCGGCCCCCCACCCGGUGGGGGGUGGGGGGGCGGGGCCACACGGCUGCUGGAGGAGCCUGCCCUGAGGGAGGGGCACACGUGCAGCUCCUCUCCCCCACGCUGGCCGCCUGGGGACACUCCCGCCCAGAGAGCGUCUACAUGCCCAGGGGAUGGUGCAGGCUGUGGGCAGUCGGGAAGGGGGCUGACCGGGCUUGGGAGACCCCAGGGCCCUUGAUGGAGCAACAGGCCGCCAACAUGGGCUAGGGUGGCCUCUGGGGCCAGGGCCCGUCCCAGCAGGGUCAGUGGCUCCUGGGGUCCUGCCAGCGAGCGUCCUCUCCUGCACCUGCCACCUCUCCUGGCACCCACGCUCCAACUCCCUGAGGGGAGGGGACCCUGCUUGGCCGCUGGACCGGGGGCUCCAACCAGGUGGGGCUGCAGCUCCUGGAAUCCCACACGGGGAAGAUGGCAUCCGACAGGGAUCCUCAGGAGUUGUCUGACUUGAGUCUGGGGUGCACAGGACAGGCGGUGAGAAGUGGGGUUCAUCUCCAGACCGGGAUGCACAGUCAUACCCACUGCUAAGUGUAGACAGAGGGCCCAGCGGAGGCUGGAGACCUGCACCCGGGCGCCCUGACCGAGCGAGUAGAGGACAUUUCUCAAUGUUUUGCCGAGUUUUUCAAACAUAACAAAAUUAGAGGAAAACCUCUUUUAUUUAUUCCUAUAGAAAGCUGGUCAGAACAAUAACGCCAGCAACGUGCCGGCCAUUCCGGCUUGUCAAGGGCGCAGGGCCUGGGAACACCGGCUUAAGGUGCCCGCUCGCCCCACCCCGGAGCCAAGCGUUCACAGGCAGACGUGCGGCAGGUGCAAGUGGGAGCCCAGACUCGGGGCGGCCGCCCAGAAUCUCACAAAGAAGUGCGACUGGCAGCUGGGGGACGAGAAGAUACGGAAGCACAGCAAAUGCUUACUAAAGCCAGAGAAGGCAGAAAAGGAGAAAAAAAGGACGGCGGGCACAGCACAGUCCUUCACCCCAAGUCCACCCGCCAAAAGAGGAAGGAGGCCCCUCCUCGAGACGGCGCCGGCCCGCCCCGCGCCCCGGAGGCCGAACACGGAUGCAGGACCACAAGGCGGGCACCCCACGACGCUCUUGGCCCUCAUCUCGACCCCGGUCCACACCCAGUGGUCUCAGAGGUGCCUCUUUCUUUUGGGGGCAGCUGUGCGCCCUGAUGAGUGGGUCUCUCAGAAGAGUCGCAGCAUUUUCCUGUGAGAUUGGCGAGCUAUGGCUUCCUGCGUCCCAGGGUCCCCCGACGGGCGUGCAGGCUGGGGUCUGCCGUCCAGGACCUUAGUCCGCCCGCCCUGAAGGCAGCCCCGCCCACCUGGGGCUUGGGGGCCUCGGCUGGAGCCUCCAGGGGCAGAGGCUGGGGGAGCACCCCCGGCAUUCCAGGCCCCCAGGGGCGGCCAGAUGGCCAGAGCCACCUUUGUCCUCAGUGACAUCCGCAGGAGCUUGGGGGCCUAGCACGGUGGUCUCGGGGAACUCAGGGAUGCCUAGAGCAGGCCCUCCAGGCGGGGACUGUCAGAGACAGUCUGUUCCAUGGCCCCGGUCACAGAGCGCAGAGCUGGGAAUGACCAUCAGGUCCUCCAUGCCCCGGGCACCCUGCAUGGGCACCUCCAGGUACCCUCAAGGGCCUGCCUGGGGGGCCGGGGGGUGGCCACAUAGCACUGACCCGCACCCUCUGCAGCCCUUCUGCAGCCCCCAGCCUGGCACGUCACUGCUGGCUCCAAGAGGCCCGCUGGACCUGGAAGUGUGGUCCAGGCUUGGCUGCACCUUCCUCUCUCCAGGAAGACACCCUUCCUGGCAGCCUGGCCUCCAUCAGGGACCUGACUGUGGCUGAGUUCCCAGCAGGCCCGAGGCCUCGCCUGUCAGGGGCAGACGGCUUCCCUCCCAGGUCCUGAACUCAGGCCGCUGCCUGGAAGAUGGAGAAGCAGCAGACCAUCCGUCCUUCGGGGAGGGGCCUUGGUCAGGACUCUGCCUCGCCCUCCUCUUGGGCGCCUGGGCAGCCUCGGGGGCCGGGCAGCCAGGAGGAGGUGGUUCAGGGGCACGAGGUUUGCACUGGGGAAGCGGUGUGAGCGUGUGGAAUGGGGGGCAGAGCCCGUGUCCACCCCUGACGCUCUCGUCAUGGCACUCUAAGACCCUGCCUGGUCUGGCUGUGGGGUCCCUGUCACCCCAGGGCCUGUCCCCUCUCACGAGGACUUGGGGCUCUGAGGCUGCAGGCUGUACCCGGUCCCGCUGUGGGCCCUGCUCUCCCACCAGGGAGGGGACCCUCAGGCUUGAGUCUCAUACUUUAGGAGACUGUGGUGGGGGGGGGCGAGGGGUGCAAGAUGAGCCUUGGAUAGAAAAAGCAGCUCUACCCAGGACUAUUCCUCACCAGCCUCCCCCAAGUUCCGAGUGACUGAGGCCCAAGUUAACAACGUGGGUUCACAGUGGACCUCCAUUCUGGCCCUGGUCACCUGCAGGGAGACCACCCGGCCCCUGCAGAUCCCUUCUCUGGCGGGGACCCCUGUCACCUCAGAGCGGCUCCUGGUCAGGGGGCAGGGUCCUGGAAGGUGUUCAGGGAACCUGGCCCCGAGGCAGGGGUCCUCGAAGCCAAGCGCCACACCUCCAGGGUCCCUCUGGGUCAUGGUGGGGAGGACGGCUCACCCAGGCCGCCUUCCUGCUGCCCCGCACCGUCCCAGGGACCCGGGCCACAGCCCCCAGGACGGCAGGGGCUCCACACUCGCUGGGCGUCUGCCACAGCCCGUCGUCCUGCCCAUCUCGGGGCCGGCCCUUCAGGCCAGCAGCUCCAAGAGUCCGGACGGAGGGGGCCCAUGGGGAGCUCAGUGCCCACCUUGGCUCUGAGGCAAUCCCUGUGGCUGGUUCCCGGCUGCCCUCCUGCACAGGGGGGUUUGGGGGUCUUCCCAGAGGAACUCCUCCCCCAGGGCCUGCCCCAAGAGCUGGUGCUGAGCCUGGGUCCUCACUGAGGCUGGACGGGGAACCAA